CCUGAGAGAAGUGAAGAGACUUGGUAGAGCUCUUUAUCCCGCUAAAGUCUUUGCUACUUCAUACUUUUCUGUAUUACCCAGGAAGUUUGUGCAGAGAACUGCAUGUUCUCAGGAUGAACAGCUGCACUGCUUAUGCUCUGGGCCUCUCUCUCAAGGAGACCCCAGAAUGUGCCACAUCAGAAGCGAAUCCCAGCAGCAGGACGUGGCCCAAACAGCCCACCCCUUCAGCUCACCAACUCCAUCCAGGACUCUGAAGUCAUCUGUUUUCCUUCAAUAACUUUCAGUCUCAGAAUCUAUGAGGCCAAAGGAAAGACAGACUUCUUCAAUGUCGAGAGAGCAGUAUGGAAUUUAGGAAGUCUAGAAAUCAGGGCAAUCAGAAAGCAAUAAAAGAAAAAAAGACAGAGGGUAUAGGAUUCUCGCUGAGUAGUUCAUUACCCAACUGCCUCUCUGAGCCCAUGUCUGUGAACAAAAAUACUACAGGAUUUUCCAUCUACUGUCACUAACAGCCCACUGUCCCUGCCUCUAUUUCAUCUACCCCUUCUCAUGCUGGAUUCCCUUUGGCAUCUACGUGUGCAUCAUUCUGUCUCUGUUGACCACUCCCUCUUUUGUCUCUAGCCCUAUUUCCGCCUCCUUGCAAUGUCUGUUUUACCCCAUACCUAUCUUCUGUCCCUGUGUAUGCCUCUCUUGUGUUUUUUGUCUUUUUUCCUCAUGCAGAAUUCUUUUCUAGAGAUAACACAGGUGCCAUCUAUAUUGCACUAAGUAACUUCUCCUUGUGAACCAAAAUGAACACCAGGCUAAAGGGGCACUAAAAAGAGGAAUUUGGUUUCAUCUGUCAUGAAAAACUUGAGGUUUCUCAUUUGGGAGGCAGGGGCUUCUCCCUCAUCCUGCCCACUUCCUUUCUUUCAGCCGCCCUGUGCUUUCUUUCCAUCUAGCACACGCCUCUCCCACCACACAUUAAAGCAGAAGGAAAGUGUUCAUUUCUCUUCUACCAAAAGGAACUAUUGUUUAAUGGUUAAAGCUGGAAUCAAAAUUAAUUUGAAUCCCUCUCUAUUAACUCGCUCUAUGACCUAAGCUAAUUUUUUAACUUCUGAGUUUUUUCUUUCUUUACUUGUAAAAUGGAAUAAAAGUACCUACAUCAAGAGCUCCUAAAAGGAUUAACUAAAAUAUAUGACACAGACCAGUACAUGGCACAGACCCUCGCAGAGAAGAGCUCCACAAAUACUUGGUAUUAAUUUUUCUCCUGAAAAACAAGACACAGCCCACUGACAUUUGACAUUCACACAUACAGAACUACACCCAGAGGCCAGAUACAUCUCCUUUAGCAAAGUUUUCUUAACAUCACUGUUUCCCACCACUGCAGAACUGCUGCUGUCUCCCUCACACCCUCUCACGCAGUUCAAAUCACAGUCAGCAUUGUGGGACAGCACUACAUUCUGGACCGAGCCAGGACAGGAUACAGCCUACACAUACACAAGAACUCUUCCUGGGAACAAAGGAGGCCCUUCGAGGGGCUGAGAGGACUUUUUAGACAGAUAAGGUACAGUGGGAAAGGAACUCCUAGAAAGGCUAAGCCAACUCAAUAAAACACCACACAGAAAUUUCUAUAUAAAACACAAGGGGAUAUAACAAACUGGAGUUGAAGAAACAGAAGCUACUAAACAAAAAUCAGCCUGGGACAGGGAACUGACUGUGAACAAAGUUUUCCUCAAUUUUACCUCAGUAAUUCUGGUUUCCUGAAAAUUCUCUUCCGUUACUAAGGCAACAUCAUCUCAAUUAGAUUUUUACCCUCCACACUGUCCCUGCUCAGCAUGGCACCCUCCUACACACACACCUGCUUUUCACUACACUUAUAACCCACCCAUUAAUAAUGGGUUCAUCCUAAACUACACAUUAAAAUUGCCUAAGAAGCUUUCAGAAGUUGUGAUUCCCAGGCAUAUCUCAGAACAAUGAAAUGAGAAUCUCUGGAAGUAGGAGACAGACAUCGGUAAUUUUUAAAGCUCUCAAGUAAAUUUCAGAUGCAGUCAAAGAUGAGAAUUGCUGAGUUCUCCAUAUAACUCUAUACUUUCAUGUCCUUCAGAACCCCAAUUCAACCUCACAAAGAUUUCAGUUGCUAACUGGGUUAGAACUGCAGUUAACUGGGCAGUAAAUUGCUUCAGGGAGGCUACUAGAAGAGACCUAAUCCUUCCCCCAAGGAACACAAAGAAUUACACACACACACACACACACACACACACACACAGUGCCACCUGACACCCACAUUUUCUUCCCCUAAAGCAGGUGACUCAAGACUAUGAACCACAGGCUGUGAUGAGGCUAGGAAAUUUACUGUCCCCAAGACAUCACCUAGCAGUACCUCUAUGACCUCAUACUGCCGUACGUCAGAGCCCAAGGCAGAGGGCCUCACCAACAGGACAGCCUGGGGUUCCUGCAUCAGCCACUGCUGUUCAUCAUGUUUGUUGGUACCCCCCAGCUGCUAACACUGGAUGAAGCUGAUGCCACUUGGACCCUCAUCAAGGAUAAGGUUAUCGAGGAACGCUUUGGACCCAAUGUAGUGGCGGUACCUUUCUUGUCAGAUGCAGCCUUCUAUGACCUACUGGGUGUGCUAGUGAAACAGUCCCGGCCAGCCCAUACCCGCCUGGUUUUGCCAGGCCGGCAGGGCCGAAGGGCCCUGGAACCAGUGGGACCACUACCAACCCUCCUAGAACAGGCAGGAUCUGAGGAUGCCUUUGCCCACUGCACGCGGGAAUACUCACCAAAUGGCCGAGCAGAGGUAACCUAUGAAGAGAUGCGACUGUUGGAUGGGCAGCCCUGCCGGAUCCGCCUACAUACAGGUGGCCUGCGCAAGAAGGUUGCUUUCCUGCUGCUGCCACCAGGGCAGGUGAGCCUACAGCAGACUCUUCCCUGGCUCCGAAGCACCCAUAGCAUCUAUGUCAUCUACCAGGUCUUCUCUUGCUCCUGGCUGCAGCUGGAGCUGCUGCCUACAGCCAAGGAGCCCCAGCUUCUCCGGUUACAGCGGUCACUGCCUGUUGCCUUCUCCUGCCUCAAGUUUUCACUGCAGCCCAAAGGUGUUCUGGGACCCCAGAAACCUCUGACCAAAGACCCACUACCCCAUGGAGCCAAAUGGAUCAGACCCAACCUAAGCAUCAUGCUGACUCUGGCCCCAUCAGUACCUGCUGAUGCCCCUGAAGCUGCUGCUGGGCCCGCCUCUGUCCCAGCCCCACCUACACCACCUCCCCAGGAAGGGCCAGAAAGCAGACCCACCAGGUUCUCCCACAAGGGCCGAAACCUAUUCCGGAGGGGUCCCCAGAUGCUAUCAGGGUCUGUCCUCAGAGUUCGACAGCGACGAGUGAAGUUGGAGUGCAAGAUGCAGGGGGCAAGGCCCCCAAGGUCUGGCAAGGGAUACUGGUCCCCAAUAAACAUCAGCUGCUGUUCCCCUAAGCCAUCCUGGGCCCACACUGUUUCUUCCUUCUGUGGUCCAGAGGCAGGGGAAGAGUUCCCACUUCUUGCCCUUGGCUUCAAGUUCUCUCACCCUCUAAAAGCAAAAGAGAUAGCUUGAAACCUCUGCAACAAUGUCCUCA